CCUGCUCCCACCAUUCCUGAAGGAAGUUUGAUUUCGGCAGGACUGUUGUUCUGGGUUUUCUUGCUUAAGGUUGUGCCUUACACGUUAUGCUGAAAAUGAAGCGCGUGUUUGGACUUCCAGAAAAGGCUCAUGGCCCGGGACAGCUGACGUUUUGCUGGCAGAAAACUCUGGGCAACUACAUCGCUACAACAGGAUCAGACCAUGUGGUGAGGCUGUAUGACAGACAUGGUGAGCUGCGGGAUGAGGUCAGCCUUCCAGGACUAUGUGGUGGUAUGGACUGGGAUAAGGAUGGGGACACACUAGCCAUCAUUAAUGACAAGACAGGAGUGGUGUUUCUGUGGGACGCCAACACCAACAGGACUACUCAACUGGACAGCGGGCUCAGAGACCAGCUAACUUUUGUGUCCUGGUCCAAAGUGUCACCACUGCUGGCUAUAGGAACAGCCAAAGGGAACCUCCUGUUGUACAACCACCAAACAUCCAGGAAAGUUCCCAUCCUUGGAAAGCACACCAAGAAAAUCAGCUGUGGUUGUUGGAGUCAACAGAACCUCCUGGCUCUGGCUAGUGAAGAUAAAACCAUCACUGUCAGCAGUCAGGAUGGAGAUACCAUACGACAGACCUCCAUCAGAGCUGACCCUGUGGACCUGCAGUUCUCUGAGAUGAAAACAGAUGAAAGGAGCCCGAGUGGAGAGAACACAGUCAGUGUUGUUCUGGGAAAGAAGACGUUGUUUCUCUUCAACAUCAAUGAUCCUGACAACCCGAUUGAGCUUGCCUUCCAGCCUCGCUAUGGCAACAUAGUUGCAUACAAGUGGUAUGGAGAUGGGUACAUCAUGAUUGGGUUCUCCCAUGGAUUCUUCAUUGUCAUCUCAACCCACAUGAAAGAAAUAGGCCAGGAACUGUUCCAGGCUCGGAACCACAAAGACUCGCUGAACUACAUCGCUGUGUCUAUGUCCUUAAACAAGGCUGCAUCCUGUGGGGAUAACUGUGUGAAGAUCCAUGACUUGUCAGAGUUGAAGGAAGUUUAUGCCAUCAUCACCAUGGAAGAGGAGCAGAAAGGGCUGGACAAGCUGCAGUGGGCAGACGAUGGUCAGCUGCUGGCCGUGUCCAGUCAGCGGGGAGGUCUGGCCGUCUACCUGACCAAACUGCCCAUGCUGAGUGACAUCAACGGCACACGUGUGGCCUUCCUGACGUCCCUCCUGGAGGUCACCAUCACUAAUGGAUAUGAGCAGGAGCCCACCGUGUCCAUCAGUAUUGAGGUGGAGCCCACAUUCCUGGCCCUGGGACCGUAUCACAUGGCAGCUGGCAUGAACAACCGCGCAUGGUUCUAUGUACUGGGAGACAAAGGUCCAGAGAAGUUGAAGGACAAAGAGUACCUGGGAACCAUCACCAGUAUGAAGCUGAAUGCAGAUUAUGCUGCAGUCAUGUUUGAGGGGAAAGUCCAGCUGCAUUUGGUGGAGACUGAGGGGAUGGAAGUGAAUGAAGAGAGAGAAGCCAAACUUUUUCCAGACAAAGAUGGCAACAGUCGCAUCACCUGCCAUGACCUCACCAAUGAUUUCUUCAUCUACUCCACUGAUGCGGGAAGUCUUCACUUCUUUUUGAUUGAGGACUGGAACUUUGUGAAUGAGUACCGUCAUGUGGUGGGGAUCAAGAAAGUGUUCCCUGACUGUGGAGGCACACGACUGGUCUUCAUAGAUGACAAGAGCGACGGCUUUGUCUACAAUCCUGUGAAUGAUCACUGUGUAGAGAUCCCAAACUUCCCCCCUGCAGUGCGGGGGGUCCUGUGGGAGCAGUGGACAUUUGAUAAGUGGGUUUUUGUGGUGUAUGACGAGGAAAAACUCUACACCUAUGCUUACAGCAGAGCCUCAAUCAAAGGUCCUGCUGUGUCCUUUGCUGGCACCACCAAGCUGCCCUAUGGACAGCUGCCUAUCCUGCUGUACAACGGUGAGGUGACGUGUCAGACACAGGGUGGCCGUAUCACAUCCUUCAUGCUGGACACUCACAGUUUCCACAACAUCGAAAGACUGCAGGAGCAGCCACCAUCGGAGGUCAAAAUGUCUCUGGACCAGUGCCUGAGCCUGAAAAGGUACAAAGAAGCCUGGGGCCUGUGUAUGUUCCUGAAUGAGCCUGAGAGCUGGAAGAAGCUUGGUCAGACAUCACUAGAGGAGCUGGAGUUGGAGUAUGCUAUCCGUGUGUACAGGGAGCUGGGGGACGCUGGGCUGGUCUGGUCACUGGAGAGGAUCAAGAACACAGAAGAUGAGAACCUGCUUGCCGGCCAUGUGGCCAUGUUCCUGGAGGACUUCAACACUGCCCAGGAGCUGUACCUGGCCUCCAGUACUCCUGUCGCUGCACUGGAUAUGAGGCGAGACUUGCUGCAUUGGGACCAGGCUCUCCAGCUGGCCAAGCGGCUGGCUCCUGACCAGAUCCCCUACAUCUCUAAGGAGUAUGCCCAGCAGCUGGAGUUCACUGGUGAUUACAGCAAUGCUUUGGCCCAUUAUGAAAAAGGCAUCACACGAAUACCCGAGUAUCGUGACCAUGAUGAGGCCUGUGCUGCUGGUAUUGCCAGGAUGUCUAUCAGAAUGGGAGACAUCAGAAAAGGGGUGAGUCUGGCCAUGAAGAUGCCCAGUAGGACUCUGAAGAAGGACUGUGCUGCUAUCUUGGAGAAUAUGAAGCAAUACUCGGAGUCAGCAGUCCUGUAUGAGAAGGGAGGGUACUUUGACAAGGCUGCAUCUGUCUACAUCCGCAGUAAGAACUGGGCAAAGGUUGGAGAACUUCUACCCCAAGUCAGCUCCCCCAAAAUCCAUGCACAGUACGCCAAGGCUAAGGAAGCUGAGGGGCGCUACAAGGAGGCUGCACUGGCUUAUGAAAGUGCUAAGGACUUUGAUAAUGUCAUCAGGAUCCAGUUAGAUCACCUGCACAACCCUGAGGAGGCUGUCAAGAUCAUCAGGGAAACCAACUCUCAGGAGGGAGCCAAGAUGGUGGCCAGGUUCUUCCAAAGACUGAAUGACUUUGGAUCAGCCAUCCAGUUCCUUGUGAUGUCCAAAUGUAAUGAUGAAGCCUUCCAAAUAGCACAGCAGCAUGGUCAGAUGGAGGUGUAUGCAGAUAUCAUAGGUCCUGAUGCUACCAAUGAUGACUAUCAGAGCAUUGCCCUCUACUUUGAGAAUGAAAGAAACCACUUCCUGGCAGGAAAGUUCUUCUACUUAUGUGGACAAUAUGGCAGGGCCCUGAAGCACUUCCUAAAGUGUCCCUCAGGAGAUGACAGCCAGGCGAUAGAGAUGGCCAUAGAAACAGUGGGAGCUGCGAAUGACGACACUUUAACUCAUCAACUGAUUGACUACCUGAUGGGAGAAACAGACGGCAUGCCGAAGGAUGCCAAGUACCUGUUCCGUCUGUACAUGGCACUCAAACAGUUCAGGGAGGCUGCCAGGACUGCCAUCAUCAUCGCAAGGGAGGAACAAAAUGCUGGGAACUACCGUAAUGCCCAUGACGUGCUGUUCAGCAUGUACACAGAGUUACGCAGUCACCAGAUCAGAAUCCCGUCAGAGAUGGCCACCAACCUGCUGAUCCUGCACAGCUACAUCCUGGUCAAGAUCCAUGUGAAGAAAGGAGAUCAUAAGAAAGGAGCCCGGCUGCUGAUCAGAGUAGCCAACAACAUCAGCAAGUUUCCUUCUCACAUUGUCCCAAUCCUGACAUCCACCGUGAUUGAGUGUCAUCGUUCUGGAUUACGUAACUCGUCCUUCAGCUACGCAGCCAUGUUGAUGAGGCCAGAAUAUCGCAACCAGAUCGACCUGAAGUACAAGAAGAAGAUUGAGGCUAUUGUGAGGAAACCUGAUAAGACAGAGGAGGAGGAGCCGACAGCCCCGUGUCCUUUCUGUGAUUUUGCCCUGCCUGAGAUGGACCUAGUCUGCCCUGAGUGCAAGAACAACAUUCCCUACUGUAUCAUCACUGGGCGCCAUCUAGUGAAGGAUGACUGGACUGCAUGUCCCAGCUGUGACUUCCCUGCUCUUUUCUCAGAGUUUAACAGUCUCCUGGAGACAGAAAGCACCUGUCCCAUGUGUUCUGAGAAGCUGACUGUGGACAAGCUGAAGAAAAUAGCCGACCCGAGUCCAUAUCUCAAGGUGGAUGAGCGGGAAGACUGAUGGGCAGUGGAGGCCAGGUCUGGAGAUAACUUGUGAAGGCUGACAUUAUAAAAUAAAAUCAUUCACCUGUACACAUAUAUUACAGUACACUUCUGGGUGUCUCUGUCAGGGUUCUAGCCAGCUCAAUUUUUUUUCUAUCAGCCCAAGUUCGUGAUUGAAACUGGGGGGACAGUGCUCACAAUGUAGGGGGAUGGGGUCCGUGGGCAAAUUUUGUCUUUUCAAGCCUUAAAAAAUGCAAUUUCUCACAUUUUGAAAUACAAAUCAUGGGGGUGAGAGUGAUUGUCAAUGGUCCUUUGGAUGUUUUUUUGGCAAUUUUGUUUGUCAUGAUUGACAGAUUGAUUAUUAAGAAAAUUUCACACCACAGAAAAAAAGGUGCUGGCUAGAGCCCUGGUCUGUGUGUAUAAUCGUGUACAAGGGCUGUUCAAUACAGACUUCCCCUAACCCACCUCCCGUAACAAUGUAGAAGGCUGCAUACUGUAUGUAUGAUCUGUAGGUCACAUGCCAAUUUUCAUUUCUGAAAAAUUAGUACAAUGUUGAACACUUACUGUAUUCCGACAUGAGGACAAAGAUCAAGGCUGUCGUUGGAAGUUUCUCAACCUAUCUACAUCAAUUAAUCCUCGUGGGCAUAACGUUACCGCAAGGACGGACGGAGACCAUAAAGAUAAACACUUUGACAGUACUCAACUCAAAACUCACUUUAUUCUUAACGUACCCUGAUCGAUUUUAAAACGUUGUGGUCACUUUAUUCUUAACGUACCCUGAUCGAUCUUAUAACGUUGCGGUUCUAAGAAUACCAUCAAUCUUAACGUUGCCGUUUGGACGUCGAGCGGACACUAAAGUCGUCGUUCCAACGUACAAACAGCUUAACGGCUUUCCUUCAAACAUAUUUCGUUUCAUUUCGUCCAUUUCGUUCCAUUUCGCACUUUCUGUGCACCAUAUCAAACCAUACCAUCUCAUCCCAUUGGACAAAUUUUAAAGUUAGAAUACUUGACACUGAACAGGAUGGUCACACACAAGCCAUCACUUAAUAGAGACGGUGGAUGAUAUAAACUCCCUGGCACGUUUGGUCAAUUGCUGACGUCACGUACAUGUAUCCGUAAAGUCUCACUGUACAUGGCACUGUAUUGUGCAGUGUUAGCCUCUUUCAAGAAAUACAGACAGAGAAGGGAUAAGCCCUUUAUAAGACUAGUGCAAAAGCGCAAAAUUAUCAAAUAUUCAUGUAUUUGGUGUAAUACUUUUGUUGAACACAAGUCACAGUAUGUUGUACAUAUUAAUAGAUAAUAUUAUGAAUUAUGUACUUUACAAUGCUCAAUGUGUAGUCCUGUAACAGUUGAUAUGUUAGGGAAAACUUUGAAGUUGGACCUGGAAUUAAAAGCUAUUCAGUAUGACCAAAGAAAGAUGCUAAAUGAUAUCAAAUACUCCCGUACUUGGUGUAAUACUUCUGUUGAACAUAAGUCACAUUAUGUUGUACAUAAUAUUAUGAAUUAUGUACUUGAUAAUACUCAAUGUGUAGUACUGUUGAUAUGUUAGGGAAAACUUCGAAGAGUUGGACCUGGAAUUAAAAGCUAUUCAGUAUGUAAGUUUAAAUUGACCUAAGAAAGAUGCUGAAUAAUAUUAAGGCAAGAUUCUGUCAUUUGACAUUGGAAUUUCAGUUACAUUCCGAGAGAAGUUAAUGUAAGAGUUGAUUAAGUGUUCUAAAUUCCUGUUCUUGUAAUUUAACUAGUGUUUUGCAUGUUGUAAAUUAAUGUGACUGACUUUUGUACAUUGUGAUUGUCUCAGUUUGAAUGAGCUGGUAGCCUCCACUGUUGCUCACAUCAUCAUACUGUGUUCAGUAAUGUCUGGAAGUUAAGACUAAAAGAUCUUAGAUCAUAAUGUUUUUUUUAUUAAUAAGAAGUAAAAAACAACAUUUAAUUUAGAUUACUGUAUGUAUAUGUGAUUUGAGUAAUGUACCAUGAGUGUAAAAAUGUGAGAGUUGUUCUUUAAGUGUGUUGAGUUAAAGAAAGCAUUAUUCAGUGUGUAUGCAAAUCAUAUUACUUAUUGUAGGUGAUGUGCUUAAGAAACUGUUUUGUUGUUGUUUGGUGUGAAUAAAUUGA